AUGUGGGAUUGUGAAGGCAAUGAGAUUAAAGCAUGGAGAGGAACACGGAUGCCAAAGGUGUUUGAUAUUGCUGUUACUCCAAAUGGUGAAUAUUUGAUUACUAUUUUUUCAGAUAAAGAUAUUCGGAUACUAAACGUGGCUACAAAUGCUGAAAGAGUUAUCUCUGAAGAACACUCGAUUACAUCUCUUUCAGUUUCUGGUGACAACAAGUAUUUGAUUGUUAAUCUUAACAGCCAAGAGAUUCAUAUGUGGGAUGUUGAAGGGUUAUGGGAAAAACCUUUGAGAUAUAAGGGCCAUAGGCAACAUAAAUAUGUCAUUCGUUUUUAUUUGGUGGGGUCAAUAGCACCUUUAUUGCCAGUGGCAGCGAAAUUCACAGCUACAAGUAGCAAAGGAGCUGGACCUUCUAUGUUAGAAGGGCAAAGUGGCUAUGGUUCAACCAUGCAAGACUCACCAAAAUUCACAUCUGGAGACUACCCUGCAGCUACCCAAAAGUAUGAUUUCGUCCCUACCUUGAGCAACAAUCCACCUUUUAACAACAAGAAGAGUAAUAUUGGUUUGAUUGUAUGGAUUUUGGUUCCGGUUGUAGUUGACCUAGAUGCGUUCACUACAACUAUUGUUGUGAGCAUUGCCUUCUCUUUCAUUCCUGCUUCACUAGGCUUAGAGCAAUGGUUGCAAGAGAUGAGUUCAGAAGAAGAAGAAACAAGGCUGCAACUAUAG